CAGCAGGAAGAUUUUAAGAAUCAGCUGUCACCCCACCCGACCUCAAUUAAGUCGGGAAGAAUCUGCUGAAGCAGCUGGAUAGGACCAAGCAGGGUGUGAAAAUCUGGAUCCCAGUGCAGGGUAGAGAAAAGAAGAUUGGCUGGAAAUUUCAGCGUGAAGCUGGAUCUGCGUGAAGUGGUGAAUUCCAAGUGUGAAUGUGUGUAUGUGUUCAUGCAUGUGCUGAGGAAAGUCGGGUUGGCAAGGGAGACAGAGGAGAGCUUUGUGUGCUGUGCUUGCUCUGACACAGCUCAGCCUGCUCCCUAUCUCUCAGUUCCACUUCUGAAUGUGCGGGAACAUGCGGUGGCUCCUUUUUCCCACCAUCUUCAUCAUCCCUUGUACACAACAGUUUUUCUGCAGGGCGCAAGCCCACAGCCUGCAUCUAAAGCCUGGGGGAAAACCUCCGGAAAGCAGCGAGGUCCAGCAGCGCCAGGAGCUGUGCCACUGGCCGUGCCACUGCCCACCUGCGCCCGCCUGCAGCCCUGGUGUGAGCCUGGUGAAGGACGGUUGUGGCUGCUGCAAGGUCUGUGCCAAGCAGGCGGGAGAGACCUGCAAUGAGGCAGACAUCUGCGAUCCCCAUAAAGGCCUCUACUGUGACUACUCGGGAGACGAGCCUAGGUAUGAAACAGGCGUGUGUGCAUAUCUGGUAGCCGUAGGAUGCGAGCUCAAUGGAGUUUACUACCUUAACGGGCAGACGUUCCAGCCUAACCCGCUCUAUAAGUGCCUGUGUGUCAGUGGUGCGAUUGGAUGUACGCCUGUAUUCACACCCAAACUAGCAAAAAGUCCCUGCACCAGGCAUGCAGGCAGAAAGAAGCCUGGACAGUCCGUCUGUGGCCCGGGAAAGCAGAAGCAGCUUCAAUCAACCAACUACAGACUGAUGUCAGUUUACAGAAACUUACCACUAGUUUUGAAGAAAAAGUGCCUAGUACAGGCAACUCCUUGGACACCCUGUUCCAGGACCUGUGGCAUAGGCAUAUCCAGCAGAGUGACCAACGAAAACAAUAAAUGUGAAAUGAAAAAGGAAAAGAGAUUAUGCUUCAUCCAGCCUUGUCUGACCAAUAUCCUGAAGACAAUAAAGAUUCCAAAAGGAAAAACUUGUCAACCAACGUUCCAGCUUCCUACAGCAGAGAAACUCAUUUUUUCUGGAUGCUCAUCUUCACAAACCUACAAACUAACUUUCUGUGGUGUGUGUUUGGACAAGAGAUGCUGCAUACCUAAUAAGUCCAAAAUGAUCACUGUACAGUUUGAGUGUCCCAAUGAAGGCUUCUUUAAGUGGAAGAUGAUGUGGAUAACAUCUUGUGUAUGUCAGAGGAUUUGCAGUGAUCCAGGAGAUAUAUUUUCUGAACUUAAAAUUUUUUGAGUUACACCAUCAACUGUAAUAUACUACAAGGGUGACAGACAGCACAUUCACAUCCUGAAGAGUUAGCAUUACCUGCCACCCCAGCAAUCUGUAUACUGAAACUACAUAUGUGAAUAUUAAUAAAACAAAAACAAACAACACCUGGAAAAUGCAAGAAAGAGUGCAUCCUUUUAAACUUAAUUGUUUUUAUAUGUGGAAAUACAUUCUUGAGAAUUACGUAUGUAACACUAGUUUUGUCAAAAGAAGGUAUUUUAAGAAAGCGCAGCAAGACAGCUUUGUACCCCACUUUAAGAAGUUGCCCCAAAUGACAAAUACAUGUAAAUUGACAGAUAAUCUGCUUAACCGAUUACAAAAAAAGCCAAACAUAUUACCCUGUAAUACUUCAUCUAUCAUUUUGGAUUCUCAAAUUAACAUUUUCUACUAUAUCUGCCAAGAUAAAACAUAACAAUGCUGCUUCAAACAGGAUAAAUCAAUUUUGAGCUCAGAUUGCUUUUUGCAGCAGAUAUUUUUUCCUUUACAAGUGUAUUGUUUGCAUUUACAGUACUAGAGAAAGAUUAAGUGGACAUUACAGCUAAUAGAGCCACAAAAUUUGAAGCAGAUGACCGUAUAGAGUGCUUUCUUAAAAAUACUCUCUAAACAAAUGUUAUCACAAUGAUUUGUUGAAUACUUCUGGA